GGCCCGUCGCAGUGCUCGGCGGCCGUUGGCGGGGGGGUGGGGGCCAGGGCAGAUUUGGGGGUUCAACGAGGGAAAAAAAUAAUCGGGCGGAAAAUCCCAACAUUGAGUUUUUUGAGACACUUUUCCUGUCCGGAGCUUCUCCAAGCCCAAUCGCUCCCCCCAUCUCACGCCCAGCCGCCACAACGACCUCUAAGGGAAAUCCCGCUACCUCCCUCCCCGAGUGGACUGUCCCUAAUAUCUUCAGAUUCCAUAUCCUUCUCCUCUCGUCGUCCCUCGUCGCAGCCGCAUCCGGAUCCUCCCUACCCAACGACGGCGCACACCCACGCCAUGUUCUCGCGUGCUGCCCUACGAGUCCCGAGAGCGGUAGCGCCUCUGGCGCGCGUCCGAGCCGCCAGGCCCGCCGUCGCCCUCUCUCCCUUCCGUUCCGUCACCACCAACGCUGCCGCCUCGUAUGUCGACAAGAGCUCCGUGCCCGAUGCCGACGACAAGCCCUUCCAGGUCACCCUGAGCGACGAGAGCUUCGAGACCUACGAGCUCGACCCGCCGUCCUACACCGUCGACGUCACCAAGAAGGAGCUGAAGCAGAUAUACUACGACAUGGUCGUUGUCCGCCAGAUGGAGAUGGCUGCCGACCGGUUAUACAAGGAGAAGAAGAUCCGCGGUUUCUGCCACCUGUCCACCGGCCAGGAGGCUGUCGCCGUCGGUAUCGAGCACGCAUUGACCAAGCAGGACGACAUCAUCACCGCCUACCGGUGCCACGGCUUCGCCCUCAUGCGCGGCGGGACCGUGCGGUCCAUUAUCGGCGAGCUCCUGGGUCGCCGCGAGGGCAUCGCCUACGGCAAGGGCGGCUCCAUGCACAUGUUCACCAAGGGUUUCUACGGCGGCAACGGCAUCGUCGGCGCCCAGGUCCCCGUCGGCGCCGGCCUGGCCUUCGCGCACAAGUACACCAACAGCAAAAAGGCCACCGUCAUCCUGUACGGCGACGGUGCCAGCAACCAGGGCCAGGUUUUCGAGGCCUUCAACAUGGCCAAGCUCUGGAACCUGCCCGCCCUCUUCGGCUGCGAAAAUAACAAGUACGGCAUGGGUACGGCCGCGGCCCGAUCCUCGGCUCUGACCGACUACUACAAGCGUGGCCAGUACAUCCCCGGCCUCAAAGUUAACGGCAUGGACGUGCUGGCCGUACGGGCCGCCGUGAAGUACGGCAAGGAGUGGACGGUGGCCGAGAACGGGCCGCUCGUGCUCGAGUACGUGACGUACCGGUACGGCGGCCACUCGAUGUCGGACCCGGGCACGACGUACCGGACACGCGAGGAGAUCCAGCGCAUGCGGUCGACCAACGACCCGAUCGCCGGCCUCAAGCACAAGAUCCUCGACUGGGGCGUGUGCACGGAGGAUGAGCUCAAGUCGAUCGACAAGGACGCGCGCAAGCACGUUAACGACGAGGUCGCUAUCGCUGAGGCUAUGGCCGUCCCCGACACGACGCCGCAGAUUCUGUUCGAGGACAUCUACGUCAAGGGCACCGAGCCGCAGUACAUCCGCGGCCGCACGCCCGACGAGAACUUCUACUUCAGCCGUUAGAUAGUAAAGGGGGGGAAGAGGGGAUAAGCAGCGAGGAAGAAGCGGAUGGGGCUUCUAACGCGGAGCACAACGACGACGAAACGACACGAGCGAGGGCCGGGGGAGUAAAGGGCAGGGGGCUAGGCGGGGCUGGUAGCCAAGAGGGCAAAGGAGCAGGGAGGGUGAAGGCAACCCUUUCUGGGUCAUAGCAAGACUCUGUAAAGUAUUCUUUUUAUUUUUAUUUUUUUUAUAGAAGGGCUGGGCUCGUACAUCUGGCAGGGCCCCGGAGUCAAUUACAAGUGGUGCUUUCGAUCACGCCCCUCCACCCCCCCUGCGCGCGAUUAAACUAGCUAGGCAGCCAGCAACGAAGAACACCUCUUAGAUUUGUUACUAGCCCCCACCCCGUCGCGACGAGCUCAGGAAGGGAUACAGAGAGAAGGACGGAGGGUAGCAUAGUAAUAUCAGAUUCACCAUCUUCCUUCCUUAACCUGUCCGCGACGCGCAAGUUGCAAAGCCCCGUCAUCCUAGUCCCCCCCCCGGAUAAGCCGCGGGUAGGCAACAUCGUGAUUCCCGAACCGUAGCAUAAUAUAGCCGGCGCGCGCGCAAGAGGCGCAAGCCAGCC